UCUAUCGGUACCCCGCCCCUCUAUCGGUACCCCUCUAUAUAUAUAUAUAUGUAUGUAUCUAUGACCAAACCCAUUAAGAGUAUUAUUUCGAUCAAAAUGGGUUUUGGGGCAACUCUGAAGCUAAACUCUAAGUAUAUUUCUCCACCAUAUCUUUUACCCAAUUCCACAAGUCUUCGUCGUUCUCCAUCUUUCUACUGUGGAUCAUCAUAUUCAUGGUUGAGCAGUAGACAAAAUGCAGCACUGAAAUCUCAUCAAAACCCUAAACCAUAUAACCUAAUUCUGAGUCGAGCUACGAGCUUCGAUGUUUCUGAUGAAUUGAUAUAUUCCUCAGAAGCCCUUCAACUGAAGAUUGAUGUUGGAAUUAAGGAUGGCGUCGAAAACAUAAGAACAUUGUUAAGGACAAUGGACGAUGGACGAAUAAGUGUGUCGCCUUACGACACCGCAUGGGUGGCUCUCAUCAAAGAUGCCGAGGGACGUGCCCAAUUUCCCUCGGCUCUCGACUGGAUCGCGCAAAAUCAACUCCCCGACGGCUCGUGGGGCGACAAGCAAUAUUGUGUAUCCGAUCGCCUAGUAAAUACGCUAGCAUGCGUAGUCGCAUUGAGAUCGUGGAAUAUUCAUUCAAUCAAAAGCCAACAAGGAAUUUCUUACAUCAAAGAAAACGUGUACAAACUUGAGAAUGCCGAUGCGGAGCACAUGAUGUGCGGAUUCGAAAUAGUAUUUCCCGCCAUUCUUCAACGAGCCCGGGAGCUAGGCAUCGAAGGCCUUCCUUACGAUGCUCCGGUCAUCGCAAAGAUUCACAAUGCAAGAACACGAAAAAUGGAAAGGAUACCGAAGGCGCUGAUGCACGAAAUCCGAACAUCUUUGUUGUAUAGCUUGGAAGGACUCGAUGAUUUGGACUGGAAAAAACUCCUGAAGCUGCAAUCUGGCAACGGAUCGUUCCUUACAUCUCCAUCCUCGACUGCGUUCGCUUUCAUGGAGACCGGCGACGAAAAUUGUCUGAGAUUCAUCAGUAACACUGUCCAAAAAUUCAAUGGAGGAGGUGUCCCAACAUCUUAUCCGGUCGACAUCUAUGCAAGGCUUUGGGCAGUCGAUAGAUUACAACGCCUGGGAGUUUCACACCACUUUGAGCCCGAGAUUAAGGAUAUGUUGAGCUAUGUCUCGAGAUUUUGGAGUAAUAAGGGAGUUUUCAGCUGUCGGGAUCUAGAAUUUUGCGACAUAGACGACACUUCGAUGGGAUUUCGGCUUCUACGAAUGCACGGCUACGAUGUCGAUCCAAAAGUUUUCGACAACUUCAGGAGUGGUAAUAAGUUUUCUUGCAUUGGAGGAGAAGUAAACGAGUCUUCAUCUGCAAUGUACAAUCUUUACAGAGCUUCUCAGCUUCAGUUUCUGGGGGAGAACAUUCUAGAAGCUGCUAGAAGCUUCGCCUACAACUUCUUACAAGAAAAGCUCGAGAAAAACCAGAUUCUAGAUAAAUGGAUUAUAUCCAAACACUUACCAGAUGAGAUACGAGCCGGGCUCGAAAUGCCGUGGUACGGCACGAUGCCUCGGGUGGAGACAAGAUACUAUCUGCAGCAUUACGCUGGUGGGGACGAAGUGUGGCUUGCCAAGACACUCUACAGGAUGGAAGAAAUCAGCAACGACGCGUACCUGGAGCUCGCGAGAUUAGAUUUCAAGCGAUGCCAAGAACAACAUCAGAUCGAGUGGAGUUCUAUGAAGAAAUGGUACGAGAACUCGAAUGUCGAUGAAUUCGGGAUAACUAGGAAGGACCUCCUCGUCGCUUACUUCCUAGCAGCCGCGAGCAUAUUUGAACCCGAGAGGCUGAAGGAAAGAGUCGCGUGGGCCAAAUCUCGAAUCCUUACGCAGAUGGUCUCAUCCCUUUCUGGCAAAGAAAUCGCAUCGUUAGAACAAAAGAAUUCAUUCAUUAACGAAUUCGAAAACAGCAAUGGUCGACAAAAAUUCGAAAGCCAAGAAGGACGCGGACAUGUUCUUCUGGCAACACUUCAUCAAUUUCUCGACGAAUUCAAUGGAUGCAGCCACAAGAACCUCAAAAAUUAUUGGGGUGAAUGGCUGAUGAAACUACAGCGAGGAGAGGUCGAUUUCUGCGACGCCUCGCUCCUUGCGACAACUCUAAACAUCUGCGCAAGCCGAAUUGGUUUUAAGGAGGAUAUACUGUCCCACAGUGACUACACAUCCCUCGCCAACCUAACAAAUAAAAUUUGUCGCGAACUUUCUCGCAUACAAAGCAUGAAGGCAUCGGAUAUUGAAGCCUGGAGAAUGACCAAAUGUAGCAUGAAGAGUAUGGAAAUAGAGCAAGACAUGCAAGCAUUAGUGAAAUUAGUCCUCGAAGAAAGCGGCAUUGACAGAAAUGUCAAGCAAGCAUUUCUGUCCGUUGCCAAGACAUAUUACUAUGGUGCCUAUACUGCUGCAGAAACCACCGACAGCCACAUAUUCAAGGUACUCUUCGAGCCUAUUGUAUGA